GUCAGCCGACCGAUCGCUCGAGGGAAAUAUCUUCUCAAGUUGUUUAUCAACUCUCGUAUAGUGGUUUAGUUUCAUCAACAAGACGCGAAUACUAACUAAGCAUCUAAAAUGAAAUUCACGGUUGCAUUCAUCACUUUGUUAAGUUUAUCGGCGCCAUGGUCCAUCCUAGCAAAAAGAGCCGACGAUGUAAAGGAUAAACGAGAAGCCCCUGCAAGCUAUGUACAUGGACUCUCUUCAUCAAGCUAUGCAUCUUCUGCACAGUCUCCGUCGAGCUAUACAUCUUCUGGACAGUCUCCAUCGAGCUAUACAUCUUCUGGACAGUCUCCAUCGAACUAUGCGUCUUCUGGACACUCUUCAGCAAGCUAUCAGCCAUCAUAUCAAAUCAGUACACAAAACUACCAACCAGCCACGAAUUCGCAUGGCGAUGCCAGCUCUAUUAAUGUCGGAGCUGGAUAUAGUAUUGGUGGAAUAAAACCAAGCUUUAGUUACGAUGGUCAAGGAUCUGCUGGGCUUCAGUACCCAUCUCAAGAGUAUCCUGCUAAUGGUCAUGCCACUAUUCAACUUGCUCCUAUCACAUUGCAACCCACUCACGGCGCAGGCGGUCUAGUAUCCGGAGAUAUCUCCCAAAUUAUGAAUCAACUGAGCCAUAGUCUUAAUUCUGGAGCUCUUUCCUUGCAACCAUCCAACAGCGUUGCAGAAUUCCACAUUGGCGGUGAAGGCGGACAGGGCCAAGAGCUAUCGCAGCCGCAAUAUAAUUAUGGUAAACUGCAGCAAUAUAAUUUAGUUGGAUCUUUGGGAGGCUCCCCGGCGCACUACGCAUCUGGAGUGAAAGGUCUCAGUUCUUAUGGUUCAACUGGACCAGUAUUAUUUAAUCCAUCCGAGUCUCAGUCUUCGCAAUCCUCAGCUUUGACAUACUCCGCACCUAGUUCAGGACAUUCGGCCGAUGAAGGAAGCUCUGCUUCUUCUAGCAGUGGAGGUCAUUCUCUAGCCGGAUUAUCUUUCGGUAGCUCAGGACACCCCUUCGGCGCAUCUUUGAAAAGCUAUGGAGGUAAUAAUCUUGGUGCUAGUAAAACUCCCUUCACGCCAUCAGUUUUCUUAGGAUCAUCUGUUCAAGGCGAUUCCAGUCAUGGGCUUUCUGCCGGGCCUGUAGCUUACAGUACGCCAUCUUUCGCUGGCUUCCCUGGUGGUCACACGGCUUUCACUUUCGGACCUGCUGCUAAUGGACCCAGUUAUCCAGGCUCUUUUGGUGGAUUUGGAGCUGAUUCUUCUAAGUUCCUCGCUCCAGCUUUUGGUUCCAUUAAGAGUGAGGGUCUUGGUCAUUCCUUAGAUGGUUUGGCUUCAUUCGGAUCAGCAGGGCAGUUCGCGUCUCCACCCGGCACCACUUACGGUUUCCCAACAGCAUCGUAUCCCGCUGUAGCAUCUCAUUCCGCUAGUGCUGCCAGACCUUACUAUGUCAGUACUCCAACGAAGCAUUCACACAAAGGUUCGGGGUCCUCAUUGAGUUCUCCUCACUCUGGUUCUAAGCACAGCUACGCAGGCCACAGUGGCUCUCGGUAUUCUCCUAAAGACACCCACGGCGCUCACAGUGAGACGAGUUAUAACACCAUUAAAUACAGCGAAGAACUGAAACCGCGUGUCCAUUAGAUCUCCGAUAUAGUUACUGUUGAACGAUUUCUUUUGUAAAAUCUAUCUGACAUUGAAAAUCGUUUCUGAGUUACGUUGAAUGUGGCCCAGACAGAAUAUGCGGGUUUGUUUGGGUGAAAGUUUACCAUUAGUAUUAAUUAUUAUUAGCGUUCGUUCUGCUAAUUAACUGGGCUGCAAUUAUUUCGAUUCUUGCCAUCAAUCGAGAGCCAUAACUUUCCUUUUAGUAUGGCGUGCGUAUGCGAUUGCUUACAUUUUAAAGUUGUUCGAUUCGAAACGAGUUUGAAAGAACGAGCCAUUAAUAUAAUUAUUAGGUGCAUGUUUUAAAUCACUAACCGCAAUGCUGUUGGAUUACUGUUACCAGUUACGAUUCAAUCGCCGUGAACCUUUGUAAAUAUUGAUGUUAAUUUUUAAGCAACUUAUUUAUUGUUGUAGU